CUCACUUCAUGUGCACCGUUUGCUACACCGAUCUGUCAUGGCUGCAUCCGCACAAGCCGAAACAGCCCGUGUACCGGCGUGGAAGCGUCUCGGACUGAAGCUCAAAUAUGCAAAGGACAACCCAGCUCAAGCGGAGGCCGGAGACCAAUAUGCAUCCAACCCAUCAGUGACGAGAAGCGGUGCUCCAGAUCAUAUGCCUGCCGCUCCACCCGUGAACAGUCAGAAGCGCGCACUGGAACCCGAUCACAGUUCUACGCCCGCCAAACGAACCAAGGUCGAGAAAUCGAAGUCUUCAGGCCAGCAAAAACCAUUUCCUGGUAGCGCACCGAAAACCAAGACCGCGGGUCAACAGGUGUGGGAAGAAGACGAACGUUCGAGUUUACCUGGGCCCAAAGGUGUCUUCAAAGCCCCUGGUCAAGCAGCAAAGCGCAUAGUGUUCGGCGACGACGAGGAGACUGCCCAGCAAGCACAAGACCCUCCGACUCCGCCCAAGGAUCCUCCACCGACCACUUCGCGCAAGUCUGUAUCAUUUACACCUGACACGAAGCAAGAAGACAGCUUCUCAGCACAGAACCUCUUCAAGGCCUGGUCCUCUUCAGAGGACCCUGCGGAAAGUGCUGUUAAGGAGUCCACAGAACAACCUGCGUCGCCAUCAGCUGCGGCGAAGCAACCCAAGCCGAAGAAGGCGAAGAAGAAGGCGAAGGAAGCUGCCGAUUCCAGCACAGUCGAGCCAUCAGGAAGCGGAGAAGUGCCGAGCUAUCUGAAGUAUCUGGAGCAGUUUGCGAACGACAAGUCGAACUGGAAAUUCAGCAAGAACAGGCAGAACGACCUGUUCAAACAUCUGUUCGAUAUCAAUCGCAUACCGUCCAAAUACAGCUCUAGCCUAGUGGAGUACAUAUCCACCAGCCAGGGUCAAGCGCGAAGACGACUUGCAGAGCAGUCGGAAGAAAUACUUAAAGCGAUCUGGGUAGGUGAAAACGACAACGCGGAUCAAAUGUCGUUGGACUCGCCAGCAGAGAGACGCCUAGCCUACUACGAGGCUCUACAGGCGUCCAUCAACAGGUACCAAGAGUCUGGAUCUGGACGGACUCAGUACGGAGAUGAACAAUUGCGGGAAAUACUGCGCGAGCACGAGCGAGGGAAGCGCGCAGAGCUGUUCCUCAAGGAGGCGCUGUCCAACGAACUGGUGACAGAUAAAAGCAGCACCCCUUCAUCAAACACCAGCACGGGAUUCUCAGCAACAUCCACGACUAUCCCUCGCGCCACAAGAGUAGUGGAGAUUCAGAAGACGGCACCGGGGCAAUCCACGACCACAGAAGUGACGCUGAACCACGGAAAUGGCGAAACGGGUGCAAAGCGAAAGAGGAAGCGGAAAUCACGCACAGAGGUGUCUUCCUCCUCAGAGUCUGAUUCGUCUUCCUCCGACGACAGCUCAGACAGUAGCUCAGAUGAGAGUAACUCACCAGCGCCAAAGAAAAAGAAGCCUUUGCCCACGAAGGAACUUCCACCGCUGUUCGACACAGCUGUAUUGGAUAAGAAGUUCGGAAAGCCGGCAAAAUACACCGACAUUCAGUCGAAACGUGCAGAGGCAGGCAGGGGACAAGCGAGGCGAUCUAAGAGCAGUGAUGAAAGCAGCGACGAGGACAGUGAUAGCGACUAGUUCUGAAUUUAUUGAAGGUAUGGAGAC